GAGUUGAUAGAAAUGUAAUUUAUUUUGUAGACACAUUUGAGCAAAGUUAGUGCAAUUUGCGCGAAUUUUGGGAUAUCUGAUGUCAGUCUACGUGACUCUGUUUCGACUAAUUAUCUUUUGUUUUACCACAAACUCUUUCUAGCUCAAAGCCUUGAUUUAAUUUUUAUGAGCUCUUUAACAAAAGGAACUUAAUGAUCAAAGACGAAAUCAUCGCAGUUAGCCCUCCUUAGAGCGGGGAGUAAUUAUCUUCUUUUAUAAGACUACAUGUAAAUAAGUUGAUCGAAGCCAGUCUUUGUCUUCCUAACAAUAGUAUAGGUCGUCAACACAAUGUCCAGCUCGUUGAAAGUGUAUUGCUUUGCGAGCUAAACCAGCCUCGUGGAAGAAGAAAUCUUUGGUUAUAUGAGCGACGACGAGUCAUCGCUUCCACGAAAAUUCCUUGGCUUGCGAUCCAGUUUGGGAAUUUCAAAAUGGCGGGCAUUCCCCAUCAAAAACAAGUUAAUAUGAGGGUUAUCUUUCGCAAUUACGACAAAGAUUCGGACGGAUUUAUAAGUGUGAAAGACCUUGUUCACGUCUUCAAGGACUUGGGCGAAGAAAUAGGCGAUGAAGAACUGAAAGAACAUCUUCGAAUCACAGGUAUAAAUAACCGACCAAACACGACGGUUUCUUAUGACAGCUUCCAGCGACUCUCCAAACAGAUUUUCCGCGAGACAAAGCGUGAGCGGCGUUUAAAAAGAGUAUUUCAAGAAUUUGACGUGGAGAAGAAAGGCUACAUCGAAGCACAAGGAAUAAAAAGAGUUUUACGCAGGCUCAACAUUGAUCAUACCGAGUCUGACAUAGAUCUAAUGAUCAAAAUGGCCGACACGAAGGGAGACGAGAGAGUGGAUUUCGACGAGUUUAUUCAAAUUUUUGGCGAGUCGGAUUUUAUUUAGAAAUUCGGCUACAACGAGGCAAGUUCUCUUGUAGAAACUUGAAAUGGUCAUAAAACUUGUCAUAUAUUGAUAAAGAACGUAAUUUUAAUACGGUAAAAAAGUUUAUUCAAACAACUUGUUAAACUUUUCAAGUGUUCCAUAGUUCUACUAAACCUAACAAUUAGUCCGAACGGGUCCUGAUAGAAAUAGAGAUAUUACGACGAUGAAUUAAACAUUAAUAACAGCGACGGAGCAUCAAUAUUUGCAAGAAACUGCAUGAUAGGUAAAUGUCUACCAUAAAAAAUUUACUUUAUUGACGAACGACCAAUUCAUCAAAUUCGCUGACAGACUUAAAAAUUAUUAUAAUUAAAAAGUAUCCUGAAUGUCAGCAGGAACUUUCAAUAAAAACUACAAAACAUGUCGUUACUUCAGUGUCAAGUGCCUAACUAAUAAAAGUCAUCUCAAAAUUAGUAAGUUUAGAGUUGAAGCAAUUUCGAAUUCGUUUUGUCUUAUAAACGUCUGUCUGGCGGAGGCGCAAAGUAAUUCCGAAAUUCACCCGUAGCGAGUAAAAAUUAUUUUUGGAAUUUAAUUGUCAACCACAACGUUUAGUUGAUGAACUUAAAACAUCUGUUGAGAUUUCCACAGAAAUGGCCAUACGAACCUCAUAAAUAAAUAACGAUAAGCAUCUCAUGGGUUUUCUUUUGACAAACAAACAA